UCUCUCUUUCUCUCUCUCAAGAGGAGAAACCCUAACUCUAGUUCGCUGCAACUCUCUCACUGUCUUGCUCUGCAUCCUGUAAUGGCGGAUCAAUGGGAAUAUUUGCCGGAAGAGUGCUGGGAAUCGGUGUUCGUUCGCUUGGGACAUAAUCGAUACUUGGAAGCCCCAUCGUUAGUAUGCAAACGGUUUCAUUCGAUCUCCAAUCGACUUCGAUCCAGUUUAACCGUAUCUGAUCCUACAGUUCUACUCCACGGAGGUAUUUCUGGUCUUAUUCGAAGAUUUCAGCAGCUCAAGCGUAUAGAUUUCGUCGAAUUUCAUGGCGAUGCGGAUAUGCUUCUCCGGGAGAUCGGGCGCUCUGGAUUGAACCUCGAAGUCCUCAAUCUCUCGAAGCAGAGGCGUCUUCCCGUGCAAGGCAUGAUGGAAUUGGGAGCCAAGGUGAAGACUUUGAGGAUUUUGAUCUGUUCUAGACUGUGUUUCUUGCAGGACAGUGAUUUGAUUGCAAUCGCUGAUUCGUUCCCGUCACUCACGGAACUUGACAUUAGUUAUCCAGAGCAGGAUUCCGGUUCUUUGACUAAGAUAGGUUCCACGGAGGAUGACUGUGCAGUCUCAGGUUCUUUUCCAGGUACUGUGUCCGAUGUGGGGAUUGCGAUGUUGUCCUCGAAGCUUCAGAGACUCUGCAGAAUUGAUGUAUCAGGAAAUCAUUUCAUUUCGGAUCGAUCUCUUCUUUCUCUUUCAUCCAAGUGUGAUUUUCUGAGAGAAAUUGCGGCUCGUGAUUGCAGCCUCAUAAGCGAAAUUGGCAUCGCUUUGGCGAUCCGUCACAAUCCUCAUUUGAUUUCCCUAUCAGUAAAUGGAAGCAAGAUCCCUUCUUCUGCUUCAUCGUCUUCUUCUUUUACAAUCGAAAGCUCUCUCAUUUGUGCGAGAGCGUUGUGCACUCUUGAUUUCUCUCAAAUGAUCAUUUCAGACGAUCUUCUUACUUCAAUCAUCCAAGCUGAUCUUCCAUUGCUAAAGCUUGCAUUAUCCCACUGCCGAGGAUUCACAUUUGCCGGAAUCUCUUCACUGUUGUGCAAGUACUGUUCUCUAAACUACUUAGACAUAGAAGGAGCAGCUUUCCUGACCGACCAGUCCAUGUUGGAGUUAUCCCAGUAUCUUCAUGAUCUAAACUUCAUAAACCUUAACUCUUGCUCUAAUCUUUCAAAUUCAGCCUUCUUCUUGUUGGCGAAAACAUGUCCAUAUCUGGAGGAAAUCAGAAUGGAGAGAACAGGUAUAGGCAAAGAAGAUUGCCCUUCCGACUUCAAGAAGAACUUCCAACUUCAAAACUUGAAAUUGUCUUGGAACAAGUAUCUAAGCGACGAAACCCUUCAGAGGAUAGCAAUGGUCUGUCCCAACUUAAGAUCACUUGAUAUAAGCCACUGUUGGGGUAUUACAGGAGAAGGAAUUGGGCACAUUGGGAUGAACUGCUGCGAGAUUAACAUGCUAAGAGUAAAUGGAUGCGGCGGGUUAAGUAACCUCGGGAUGAAUUUUGGGUUUUCCAAAUUGGAAGUUCUUUAUGCUUCAGAAUCAGGAAUCGACAAUGAGGGACUACGGAUGAUAAGUCAGAGCUGUCGUCGGCUUCUGUGUUUGAACUUAGAAGGGUGUCUCGGAGUAACUGCGAAAGGAGUGAGAGAAGUAGUGGCGAAUUCCAAAGGACUGAAAGAGAUUAGCUUGAAGAAGUGUUGCAAUGUUGCUUCUGAUGUCAUAGCUUGGAUGGUGUUCUCAAGGCCAUCGCUGAGGAAGCUAAUUCCACCAUCUGAGUUUGUUUCCACUGAGAAGCAGAGGGAAUUUUUCUUGAGGCACGGGUGUUGGGUUCUGGACGGUUAGCCCUAGUUAGUGGAGACGAUGUUACCCAGUCUCUUCCGAGACACCUGAUAAAAUUGGGACUAGACGUUUCCCCUUCCCUGAUUUGUGAAUUUUGAAAGUAUAAAUAUCCAGUGUUUUAUACUUGAUU